CUAAAACUUGAAUGUUUUAAAUUUUAGUGUGUAGUUCGUUUUUCCAAAUAAUAAAAUGUAUUUGACACUGAUAUUGUGCUUAGUGUGCUUCACUAGGGCAGAAAUUCAUAAUCCUAAAGUUCACGAAGAUUCCAAAGAACAUGACCACAUUAGAUCAGUAAGAAAUCCCAAUGAUCAUGUCUCUCGAGAAAUACACCGCCCACCAGUAUUUGACUACAAAAGUGCUUUACAACAAGACCACCAGAAGAACAGAUAUGCCCUGCAACAACAGGCUGACUUAGUCAAUUUACCCGGCUUGAAAGACCAGACAGGAAUAAGUCAUAUUUUGAGCCACGAUAAUUUGCAACAACAAUCAGGUUUAAGGCUCAGAGGACAAAAUAAUGGGAAACGUAGACCUAACAAUCAACAUGGUACAGUCAAAUUAGAAGAAAAACGUGCUGUUCCUUCAUUUGAAGAAGUUGAAGAUUGGCAACCGAUGAUACCACGCCAUAUGAGGUCAGAACAGAGAAGUGACGAAGAAAUAAUGAAGAACAAUUUGGAAUUAAUGAAAGUAAAUGCUCCGAAGGAAACAGGUUUGAAAGCAGACAAGGAAAUCAGGAGAAGUAAUAAAAAAUUGAAACAGAAUAGUUACUUUGCCAAAGAGGACGACUUGCAGACCGAGUCAACUCAAACAACGAAAGUUUUAAUUAACAGGCAAGACCACCUUGAUACUUCCGGGCAAUCACAAUAUAUUUAUAUUCAGCCGAAUAUUCUGAAAAAUAAUUUCGGUAUUGAUGGUAAAGAUGCAGAAAAAAUUUUGAAGAAUGUUUCUCCCAAUUUACAAAAAUAUGACAGAAAUUAUUCGGUGUUGAAAGAUCUUAUUGGUAAAAAUCCUAAUGUUCAGUUGGAGGGUUUAAAAAAAUUGUUGGAGAGGACAAACUCUAAUGCCAUUUUUCCAGUUGUUCAAGGGGCUCAACCGUUUAAGCCAUCAAUUCUACAACAUACUCCGGAACCAAACAAUCACGAUCAAAUAAUUAAUCAAAUUCCGAAUGUUGAGCACAGUAACAGUAAAUCAAUAUUGGAGGCUUUACAAGCCCAAUUGGAUGCAUCUUCAAAAGAACAAGCUUCUAAUGUUCUUGCUCAGGCACACCAGCAGGCUCUGGCACAUGUUGAAGCUCAGCACAAAGCCAUAGCUUUAGCAGCUGAACGUGCAAAACAAGAAGCUUUUGCUAAGAUAGCUGCCCAGAAUAGUGGAUUUAAUCAACCACAAGCUCUGCCAUUAACAGCACCAGCUCCCCAACAAGUUCAAGCUCACAAUGUUGUCGUUGUUUCACCUAUUACACCAAUUAAUUAUAAGAAUCACGUGGCUCAAACUUAUGUAAGUUCCACAGAACCAAGUUACAAUGCCAUAACUCAACAACCUCCAACUGACCAUGAUGCUUACUCAGCACAACAAGUUGCUCCUCAACAAGCAUAUGAUGUUCAACAUGAAUCACUCGCCACCAAUACGGUUCAAAUUGGGGGCCAAAGUAAUAACGCCGAAGAUCACGACACGGAACAGUCGAAGAACACGGCGAUACCUGCACCGAUAAGCUAUUCCAAGCCACUGUCGUUCCAAUCUACAAAGCCUGACGUCCAACUUUACGCUCCAAACCACAACCACCAUCAACUUCUUGCUCUGCUGCAAGCUGAAAAAGUGGUUGCGUCACAAAUAAAGAAGCAAAACGAAGCCCUCAUUGACGCUCAGGCACACAAGGAAGCGGCCAGACAAAACGGCCUGCUUUUGCAUCAAGGAACGGAAAAUCACAAGACAGUCGAACUGCAAAUCCAUCAAAACAUAGAUCGGCCUGCGGUGCCUAAUACUUCGUAUCAAGAGGUGGUGAUGGAGACGGAGCACAAGACUGAGAACAAAAUUUACGCAAGAUCGAAGAAUCAUCGCGAUGAACAUAAUGAUCUUCAGUACGCUGCCAAAUACGCCUUUGGCUACAGAAUAAAGGACAACAAAAUGGGCAACGACUUCGGGCACGAGGAGAAAAGGGAAGAAAAAACUGUAAAGGGACAGUACCAUGUUUUAUUGCCGGAUGGAAGAAUUCAAAAUGUAGAAUACUACGCCGAUGACAGUGGAUAUCAUGCUAAAGUUUCAUACCAAAAUAUUGCUCAUCAUUAAUUUUAAUACGUUUUUGUUAUCUAUUUAUUGUUUUUAUUUGUUUAAGUUCGUUUUGUAGUUCUUUUAGGUAUUUUACGUCGGAGAUUAUUUUUUGUUUAGUAAAUAAUUUAUUUUCUAAUGAUAUGGUACACUCAAUUAAGAGAAAUGUUAAUUUAAAUUAAGUUUAAUGUUAAGUUAUUAUAAAUGUUUUUGUGCAUUUCCUAGAUUACAUAAAAGAUUAAUUGUUUUGAACAACAGUUGCACAAUAGUGCGGAUAAAUUUAUGUUUUAUCCGUACAUACAAAUGUGCAAUACACCUAAAUUGAGAUGUACUAAUUUUCAACCAAAGUUAAAAAGUACUAAUUUCGUCGGGCAUGUGCAAUAAAAGUUGUAAACUACAAUAUUUAUAAAUGACUGAAAUAGUGCAAUAUUUAUUAAAUUUAGAUGUAUUCCUUUGUUGUUAAUAAAUAUAAUUUAUAUACUUGAGUUUUGA